UCGCCGCGGCCGGGAGACAAAAGGGAAACUGCCUCUGUUCGCGGUGCGGGAUCCGAGCAGCCUGCUCGACCUCGACCUCCUCCCCCCACCCUCCGCUGCUGCUCCGCCUCCCUCCCCUCGGGCGGUCCCCGCAGUGCUCCGGGACCCGGCAAGCCUUCGGGGCGCGCGUCGCUGCUGGUGUUUGAGGCUCUAGCGAUAAUAAAUGAUAGAGGAUACAAUGACUUUGCUGUCUCUGCUGGGUCGCAUCAUGCGCUACUUCUUGCUCAGACCCGAGACACUCUUCCUGCUGUGCAUCAGCUUGGCGCUGUGGAGUUACUUCUUCCACACUGACGAGGUGAAGACCAUCGUCAAGUCCAGCCGGGACGCCGUGAAGAUGGUGAAGGGCAAGGUCGCUGAAAUCAUGCAGAACGAUGGGCUUGGGGGGCUCGACGUUCUGGAAGCCGAAUUUUCCAAGACCUGGGAGUUCAAGAGCCACAAUGUGGCCGUGUAUUCCAUACAGGGCCGGAGAGACCACAUGGAGGACAGAUUCGAAGUUCUUACGGACCUAGCCAACAAGACGCACCCGUCCAUUUUCGGGAUCUUCGACGGGCACGGGGGCGAGACUGCAGCUGAAUAUGUAAAAUCUCGACUCCCAGAGGCUCUUAAACAGCAUCUUCAGGACUACGAGAAAGACAAAGAAAAUAGUGUAUUGUCUUACCAGACCAUCCUUGAACAGCAGAUUCUAUCUAUUGACCGAGAAAUGCUAGAAAAAUUGACUGUAUCCUAUGAUGAAGCAGGUACCACGUGUUUGAUUGCUCUACUAUCAGAUAAAGACCUCACUGUGGCCAAUGUGGGUGACUCGCGUGGGGUCCUAUGUGACAAGGACGGGAACGCCAUUCCUUUGUCUCAUGAUCACAAGCCUUACCAACUGAAGGAGAGAAAGAGGAUAAAGAGAGCUGGUGGUUUCAUCAGUUUCAACGGUUCCUGGAGGGUCCAGGGAAUCCUGGCCAUGUCUCGAUCCCUGGGGGAUUAUCCACUGAAAAAUCUCAACGUUGUCAUCCCAGAUCCAGAUAUCCUGACCUUUGACCUGGACAAGCUCCAGCCCGAGUUCAUGAUCUUGGCAUCAGAUGGCCUCUGGGAUGCUUUCAGCAAUGAAGAGGCUGUUCGAUUCAUCAAGGAGCGCUUGGAUGAACCUCACUUUGGAGCCAAGAGCAUAGUUUUACAGUCAUUUUACAGAGGCUGCCCUGACAAUAUAACAGUCAUGGUGGUGAAGUUCAGGAAUAGCAGCAAAACAGAAGAGCAGUGAACCCUUUGGGGUCUCAGCUGCCUUAGACUAAAGAACUUUCUACCCACUGGUCUCUUUUAAUGUAGUGAAAAGUACGGAAGUUACAGUUAGGAUCAUCCAUCCCAGACAUGGGAUUCCCCCUCCCUGGCAGUCUUAGGUCUGUAUUCAGUGAUGAUGAACAGAGGGUGCUCUUGGCCGAUGAAGUGAGGGACUGGAAAAUGGUUUCUUCGUGUUUCCCAACUCUUUCAUCCGAUGUUCAAAAUAUAUAAAUAUAUAGUUGUAGAUUCACAUGUAUGAAGUGAAUGGCAUACGUGCCAUAUAUUCUCCCUUUUAAGAUUCUUUUCAAGAUCACUUACAAGGCCCUUCAGGUAUAAGACUUGGUGUCCUCUCUUUGGAGCAGUGAGCAGGACAGGCCUCCCAGAGCUGCAGGAGACGGGCCACAGCGUCGUCGCCUGUGAGUCAGGGCUCAUGCGGCGGUGGCCUUUGCUGAGGACAGAGGUGUCCCGAGAAUGCUUUGUCCUUCUGAGCCCAGGUUUUCUACUCAGCAGCAGCCCAGAAACAGAUUUGGAAUGGUUUAUCAUUCCAUGGCUGCUCUCGGAGACUGAGGGAAGUGAGGACGAUGAGAGCCGCCUGCGCAGCAGAAAUACCCUUUAUUCCUCGCUCCCUUCAUUAGUUAAAUAGACUUUGUGGACCACCUGACCAGUCUUUGUGCAUUGAUCCCAAUUGUGCAUGACCUUAACCUUUUGCUUCCACCUUACCUUAUGUAAUAGGCAGCUGUUAAAGUUCACUACCAGACACCACGAUUUUUUGUCUUAUGUUACCAAAAAACCUAUUAAGGGAAGUGAAAAAGGCAAAUCACAAUGCUAUAAUCCUUUUCAUCUUUAAGAGUAGGUAGAGGAAAAUAAUGGCUGAGUAAGUCACAGUGCCCUUUGGGAAGUCUGUUGUUUGCAUUGGGAGAGAAAGCUCACCAGCUUACCACCCUGAAUUGAGCUCCAGCUGCCAGUUUUUGUGAGUUUUUUUCUCCUAUCCUCAUGACUUUCAAGUGUCUUUCAAGAAGUGUUCUGAGAGGCAGCAGCCUAGAACUGCGUGUGUGUUUCUCGAAACCCAGUACGGAGUUCCCAGCCGCAUUUUGGAAUUUGGUGGUGAACUACCGGGAUGUGCUUCCCAUGACAGUGGGAAAGCUGCGGCCUUUAACAUUUGGUUGCAGAUCCCCAUCCACAGCGGGUAGCUUUCCCCAGGCGAACCAUGCAAUGGCAACAAAGCUAGUUGGGAAUUCAAGUUCAAACCUGCAUUGUUAAGCGGCCAGAGUUAUUUGGGAGCCAAGCUUGCUGCUCUCCGUUUCCUAUCACCAGAGUCACACUUCCAAUCUCAGUAUUUUGUAAGUUCAUUGACAGAAAGUGCCAGGUCAUCCUGUUUGCCUGAUUGAGGUGGCUCAAACAGCCAAACAAGAAUUUUUGUUGCGUUCUCACCCCUCUGUGGCUGAAAUGCCAGGGCAUCCACCAGGUUAUGUUCUUUCCGAGUGGGCGCUUGUAGUUACAGCUUCUCGAAAGCCCCAGUCACUAGCCACCUCCUCCACUGCCUAACUUCAGCUGCGGAGCUUUCCAGAAGCAGCUCCAGGAGAGAACUGGGGAAGAUAAAAAGAUUCCCCUGUGGCUACCGAGGACUGCAGCCUGCUCCCACUUCUCCAAGCACUUAACCUUUCUUUGACUGCAACGAGAAUUAAUAAUGGUGUCCCGAGGAUUUGCUUACUUUGGUAAACUGUACCAUAGAAUUUCUAACAUUAGAAUUAGAAUCUUGGUUACUUAUUUAUUUUUAGCCGUAGAAUGUUGUAGUACAAAAUAUCUAGCACCAUUUUAGAUUGAGGUAUUUACCUGUUGAGAGACACCGAACAUUCGGAUGUGAGUAUUAGGGGUGGGAGUCGGGAGGGGGAUGUGGGAAACGUGCUGUUUGUGAUCAGUGAUGGAAUGCUAAGGCCAGGUGACUUGAGUUUGCCUGGAGAUUUAGGAUAUUCUAAUUCUUGACAGUUACCAAAGCCCACAAUCUAACCGAAGUUAAGGAAUAAGCAAUUUCAGCAUUUUAUGGUACACGGUCAAUUUUUCUUUUUUUCUUUUUAACUUAACUCCCAAAUUCAUAAUAAUAAGGAAAAGACAUUUUAAAAUUCCAUGAUCAUUGUUUUUGUCUAAAAUGAAAAUAGGUAAUGUUUUGCUGAAGAUGAAAAAGAACAGCUAUUAAAUUAGUCAAUGAGUGUUUAUUUGCCCUGCAAAAGAGUAGAUGGCGCUGGGUGCUGCAGUUCAUGACUUCCUCUCUACUGAGGUGCACAAGGCAUCUUCUGAUUCAUUUCUGACUUUAACCAAGUAGUUUGUGUAUUUCCUAUUCCCUUCUGCCUCUUUUCCUCCUACUUUGGCUUGUAGAUUUUUAAAAAGAUAGACGUUCUAGGCAAAAUAGUAGCAGCUUGAGUAAUACUUGUGCCUAAAAUCAGAGUACUUUGCUCUGUCCCGCUGUCCUGGAGUUUCUCUCCAGACCAACCCACCCCCAGUUGUCGGGGGUCUCCAGACAUCACCCCCUUAGGUGCCCUGUAGCUCAUGGCUGCUCUCAUUUUCCAGGGACAAGGAAGGUUGAAUCUAGCCAUUAGGGAAAUUGAUUUGAGAAGUUUGCAUGUGAAGCUUCCCUAAACGGCACUGCCAAAGCUUUGAAAUUGUCACCCGAGGCUGCCCAGACUCCCUAGCUUGAGUUCUCAUUGCCAAUAACCCCCAUGGUGCCAAAUUUGGAAUGGUUUUACAGUCUAUUAGAAAUAAAUCUGGAAACGAAUGAUCCUGUACUUACGAGCCCCUUGCAAGAUGCCAAGCCCAGGGCCUCGUUAAUGUGUGGCUCUGCUAGUCCACUGGCAAUCUGUACCCUUAAAAUGGGUGGAGAUUUGGGUUGGGGGUAGAAGGCCAGGAAUUAUUUUUUAAUUCAUUGUAUUUGCAGUUCUCAAGUCAAAGGAAUAAACAAUACUUACAUAGAAAAUUCUAAAGCUAGUUCCCAAGACCUGCAUUUAUUUUAUGUGACCGGUUAGCCCGAGGCACUUAAUUCUGAAGUUGCUGUUCUAAUACACAUAUGUACACAUUACUGGUAACCAGUGGCUACAUUCUAUUCCUGCCUUUGAUAGAAGGUAUUGGCCUCUUGAAUCUUGUCUAAUAAGAGUAUUACAGAGAGUGUUUUACAGAGUGAAGGAGCAUGUGCAAUCCGGAUAAUUUAAAACAGACCUUAUUUCAUAAACCUUUAAUGAUUUCAGCACUCAUACAUUUUGUGCAAACAGGAUUGCAUGAGAGUGAUGACAUCAUCGUUUCAAUCCUAUCUGAAGUAAUUCUAGGAAAUUGGUUACACGGUUGAAUUGGAUCACUGGGAUAUCUGGCAAUACAUGAGGGAUUCACAAUGGCAGUGAUCACGCCUUUCUUUGACAGGUAUACCUUGACUUCCUGAUUUUUUCCCCGAGUUGUUGCCUGAUCAAACUCUCUUGCAACUGUGUCAAUGAAGAAGAUUUAGAAAGGGCAACAUGUCACUGUACAUUUGAAAGUAUAGGAGUAUAUACUCCGGAUAAAGCACUAUUUUCCCAAUUGCAGAAAAAUAUUUCCUCCUUUUGACCAUCAUUAGACCGAUAUUCCCUUACUAUUCCCCCUUACUAUUCCCUUACUAUUCCCCCCCAAAUUGCCUUAACUCAUCACACCAGCAUUCCUGACCCAGAAAUGACAUGACUGUUAGAUACCACGCUGACGCCUAUUUAACUGCCUCUAGGUGAAAUCGUCGAUAUCGAAACUUUUGAGCUAGUUAGCUGCACACUACAGGAGUAAUAGAGUCACAGUGUUCCCCAAAGCGUGUUUCACAGAACACAGGUUCCAAAGAUACUCUCCAAAUACAGGGUUGCAGGGUCAAACGGCAAAGUUUCUAAUUUAAAUGCUUUGUAGGGGAGAAGAAACAUACCACAGAUGUAAUUUCAGUUAGCUCAGUGUUUUCCAGGUUAAUUUGAUUACAGAAACUUUUUUGAAUAACAGCUAGUAACAUGCUAAGGAGCACAUGUUCCACAGGACCCACUGGAAAAUUCUGGUAAAAAGAAAUAUUACUGUCUUCUCAUUCAUUAUAACUCUGUAGUAGCAGUACAAUUUGCAAUUUAGAAGCACUAAUCCAUUCGAGUAAGAGGCUGAUCCAUUAAUAAGAGCAGUGUUAAUUAGUAUCAUUUAAUCUGAUCAUCAGCAACCCCAGAAGCCUAACAAAAGCAGAAGCCUAACAAUCCUGUUUGAAGCUCUAACCAUUGCCCCUCCCUUCUUUUAUGUGAAUAAUAAGUAUGAGCUAUGCCAUACCUAGAGAUUUCUCAAGUUCAUUCCAAGAACUUUCAGUUGCUUUUUUGAAUUUAUCUUUGCCUUCAGGAUUAAAUCAAAAUAUUUUUAUUUUUCAUCACUAUGUCAGAGCAAAAACAAAAUGUAUCAGAAAUAAUCAAAAAUGGGGAAAAAGUUAUAUUUGAUUUUAAUUCAUUUAAAAUUUUUUAACUAGAUUUUUUAAAUUAUGUAUCCAUUGUAUAAUAAUGCAAAUGUAAACUAUUAACACAUUCAAUGAAAUAAUUUGAAAUCAAUCAUUUCAAAUUAUUGGUUCUAAAAUAUUUGUCCCAUGUUGUCCCGCUUUUCACAUUUUAUAUACAGAAUUAAGUUUGGCAAGUUAUCUCUUGCCUAAAAUGUCAGACUUGAUUAUAGAUCCAUAAUUGUCAAUCUCAACCUGGGCAAUGAGUUUGGGAGACUCUGAGAGAUAAUCCCAAAAUAAUGGAUGAGACAAAUAUAGUUGGAAACAUGCUACAAAGUGAAUUUAGGGUAAAGUGAUUAAAAUUACAUCCAAUAUUUAGGAAUACACUCGCCUUCUGGAUGUUAUCCAAAAUAGUAAAAAACCAAAAGUAAAAUCACUUAGACUAAGUGGCAGAUUACAAAAGACAAGUGACAGUUGACACUAUAAUGUUUCCAUUAGAUAUGAGCUUCUAAAUAUGCUUUCUAAUAUGUAAUUUUUUUGCUAAUUCUUAAUGUUGAUACUUUGUCCAUUUCUUUUUGUUUGUUUUACUACUGUUAAGCUGCAAAAUGUUAAACCAAGGGUUGAUUAUGAUAAUUUUCAUGUGUUUAGUAAUAACCACACCAUCAUUUAUACAAUCACUUUAAUAAAUCCAAGUUAAGGACUUUGAAGAGAGCACUUAGUAACUGGUCAUUUUGACAAAUCAUCAUAAGGAAUUUCACAAUUCCACCAAAAAAAGCAAGCAAAACUCCACCAAAAAGCAAGCAAGCAGCAAAGAUGUGGAUUAUAUUUAGAGAUAUAAUGCCGCUUAUUCAAGAAGACCUAUAAUCUGGCAUUAUUUAACCACAAAAUCCCCUCCGACAUUUGCCAAAUUCAAAUUUAAUCUCAAAAACCUCCAGGGACUAGAGUCCAGAGCUCUGAGAAAAGCAGCUUACUAUGAAGGCUCUGGUGGUGGAUUGUGGUGGGGGCAGGUAGGGGGUAGGACAAGCUGCCUGGGUCACUGACUGCCUCUGUAGGAGACAGACCUUGUGUCAGCCACACUCCUCACUUUUUGUCAUGAGGAUAUUCAGAGGUUAAAUGUGAUAUCAUGCAUUAUCUCAACAUAUGUCUAGAUUAAUUAGACAAUACAUGAUUUAAAAUGUGCUCGUGUAGAAGCAAAGGUAGAGGUAAUAGUCAAGGAAUUAGGGGAAAAACCUUUAACAUACUCAGACAUUAAAAAUGUAAAAGGUAGGUUAUCUAAAAUUUGGAUGAUCAGACUUUUACCAUGCAUAGGUUGUAUUUAAUAGUGAUUUUUGACAUAGUACAUCGAUCAAUAGAAGACAGUUCCCACUUUUAACCUAUUCAAAUGCAAGGCUUCCCAUUUGGAGUAUUGGCUAAUGCUUUGCUUACAAGUUAAGACAGAAUUCUAAAGCUCCUUUUCAUAGGACUGAUGGCACAGUUAGAUUCGUAUUUAAAAAAAAUAGGAACACUUUUAAUCAAAAAAUGCAAAAUUAAUUUUCAAUGUGGUCAAAGUCAGAAUAUAAAGAAAACAUUUUUAAGAAAAUAUAGAAGAAAAUCAAAGGAGAAUAUAAAAAAGAAAUAUUUUAAAUUAAGAAAAGGAGAUAUUUUAUUACAUCAUGAAUCAUGCUUUCUGAUAUUUGUGCUCUUUCUAAAAAUGAGGAGAUAACACUGAAAUAUUUUGUAAAGUUAUUUGUAAAGUUACAGUCUAUUUCAUGCAUUCCCAAUGAAAAUGAAUAGAUAUGGUAUUAUUUAUUGCUGUACUGAACUACCUUUUACUGUCCUAUGUUCUGUGCAUUUUCAAAUCCUAGCCAUGGCUUUACCAUGAAUCUUAAGAAUUUAUGCAUUUUCAAGGAGGAAAUAUCCCUUUAUAGAAUUUUGAAAAUAAUAUGAUAGACCUUCCAUUUUAGAAUGCCCAGAUAAAACUAAAGUCAGAUAAACAUAGUCAGUUACAACUGAGAGUGAGUUUAACACACUGGUCAUGUUCCAUGGGGCAACAUGAGUACCAGUGAGUAUUCAAUUUAAACAGACAAUUUCAAAAACAAACAAACAAACAAAAACUACAAGAUAAUUUAACAUUCUUGCUUCUUAGAGAGUUUUCUAAUCCAUAUAAUGCAAAAGGUAAUGUUUGCUCAUAUUAAAAAAUCCUGCAGUAUGAUGUAUUAUACAUCUCUAACCUAAGACAAUGAUGCCUGUUGUGCAAAAUUUAAAUUCCCAUCUGUCUUAGUAUGUGUAAGGACACUGACUGCUUAAUUUAAUAAUGAAAUUCCGCUUAGGUAUAAAUCCAGCUAUGGGGGAAAAAACUAGAACCAUUGAAACUUAUGCAAGAAUAUUCCUCUGUUUAGGCUCCAAGACCACAACUAGUCUUUAUAAGUUUCAUCUUGAUUGCCCUUUUAUCUCAAGCAUACAUUCAGGCAAUGGAAUAAUAAAUACAAAAAUGGAGAAAACCCAAUAACUUUUGUUUCUAUUUUAGAAAGCAGUGUUUGCUCUUUUUAAUUUAUCUGAAAUACAUGUUGACCUUGAAACAUUAACAUCUACAGCAUAGUCUUCAGUUUACUCUUCGAUUACUAAAGCAAAUGGUUUUGAUUUACAGCACUUACAUAACUUCAAUUCAAAUUAUAGAGUUGAAAUUUAUUUUGCAAUGCCUCAACAUUCCUGUGAUCAGCCAGAAAAAAAGAAAACGAAAACAGAAGACGAAAUUCUAGUGAGUGCAGAGGAAUGGUUAUUCUGACAAGCCUGGAAAAUAGUAAUGAAACAGUUAAUUCCAAAAUGCCACUGUGUGAACUGUGUUCAUAUACAUAAUUCUUAUAUGUCAAAUGGACAAGGUGUGUUUCCUUUUAAUAUAACAUCAUUGCGUUUAUCACAGAUUGAUCUACCUUGUGAACAGAUUGAAUUGGGAAAGUCAGUAUUUGUGCUAUAAGUAAAUCUGCUUAUAUAUUUUAUUCUUUCCUUUAUUAAUUUUUUUUUUCUGAGCACCUACCAUGUGCCAAGAAGAGAUAGUCUAAUUGAGUGUACCUAGUAGUGAGCACUCAGGCACCAUCCCUGCCUUCUUGGCACUUAGAUCACAGAUAUUAUAACGCUCGGUAUUGGCUGAAUGGGGGAAAAUUAGCAUCUUUCAUGAUUUUCUCCUACAGGUUUAGAUUUGUGAGGACAGGCAGAAUUGGAGUAAUUCUUUCCUACACAUCAUAAGGAGUAAAUGGUAAUAGAUUAGGAAUAUCUUGCCUACAUUCAAGCAAAUUGCAUCAAAUAAUUACUCUGUGUUAGGUCACCUAAGUUCCCCAAGAAGGGAGUCAGGAGGUGAAACAGGAAGCCGUGGGGACCAAGACAGGGAUAUGGCUGUCCCAGUGGAAGGACACCCCUGGAAGCCUCUGCCCAAGGUGGACAGCAGCUAUGCAAAGGUUCAGUAGUACAUGGUCAAAACCAGGGUGUCUCUCCCUCCAGGAUCCUUCUGGAGGAAUAACAGAAUUACAGAAAAGAAAAGAGAACAACAAGAACAUCUCUCCAUGGCCUAUUUUUAUUUUUGUCCCCAAGAGACUGUUUAUUAUCAGUGUUCCUGAGUAUAUAAAUUAGUGGAUUUGUUAUAUAGAAAAAGUAACAUUUCGGGAAUACAAUUAUUUCUUGAUUUUAAAUAUGAUCAGAAGAUUAAAUGUCAAAUUUUGUUGUAAAUCAUAAAUUUGGUACCCAUAGUUACUUUAGACAUUCCAGAACCUAGAAAUGAGAUUUAAGUUUUAUAUUUUGAAAAAGAAUAGCAACAUCUAUCUUCUGCAUGGCAAAGCAAAACUAAAUUCCAGAUUUUUAUUUUUAACACAAAAGUCAUCACUUCUUUCUAAAUUCUUUGCCUAGUCAUUUUCCCCUAAACAUCUUUCUUUUUAUGCCAAUUGAUUCUUUAUCCAGUAAUAUUCGUUAUUACCAAAUUACAUUAGAUCCCUAUGAAUUAAAAUAAUAAUGAAUGAAAAGAGAUUGGGAAUAUCUCGUUGUGAUCAGAAAUAGAAUUUUUUAUUGUUGUUUUGUUUUUAAGCAUGAAAACAUAUAAGGAAAUCCAAAUUAAGUCAAGACAAUUUCUGACUCAACAAGAUUAAAACCAUAGGUGGAGCCCAAUUAUUAAGGAAGGAAAAGAGAAAAAGAAGGGUUGGAGAGAGUAAGAGAGGGAAAAAAAAACCCCACAUAACUGAGUAAUGUUUUUCACGAAAGGUAUAUCUCAAAAGUUAUGAUCUCUUUUUUGCUGAAUUUUGAAAAAAUAACUUUGUAUAAGCUUACACUAUGUCUAUUUCAAUAUCAUGGAAGUUAUUCCAUCAGCAUUUUCUUGCUAUUUCAAAAAUCAUUAGAGGUUGUUUAUAAAAAGAUACCAGGAUCCAUAACUUAUUAGACAAUGCUUUCUUUUAGGAUUGUUCAAAUUGUAUUUAAUAGUUAAAUCACAGGUCGAAAUGACUACUCAAAUCAGUCAGGCUCUCUGGUAAGUUAGUCUGAAAACUUUCCUUGAUAAGUACAACAGAACCUUGGCAAAACUUCAUUACUCUUCAUACCCUUCAGAAAUUUUUAUACCUUCUAUUCUAUAUUUGUCUCUAAGAGACAUUUGAAACAAAGUUAAAAUGUCGAUUUGGUGUAGAGCUCAGAGUAUAUGACAGUGCACGGUCACUCGAGAUGCAUGGUGUGUCAUUCAGGUCCUUUCGAUGUGUACUAGGGGUAGAUUUAGACUUGUAGAGACUAAGGUGUUCAUGCAAUCACUGAUUCUGUGUUGUGGUAUACAAAAUGAACAGCUAAAAUUUCACCCUUAAUGAGAAAAUUAAAGCAAAAAUAAACCCAUUAAAGUUAUUGGACUUUA